AUGGAAAGUGUAUACACAGCCCUAUCAAUAUCACUCAUUACAAACAAGAGACUUGCAGUAUGCUGUGACAAUGCAGUGGAAUCAACAAACCACUUUAUUGAUAGGAUUUUACAACCAUGUGGGUUUAAUCAAUCACAGUAUAUCGUGAUUGAUUUACUUAAACACAAGAGUAUUGAAGAUAUUCUUCAUCAUGCAACAAUUGAAGUGAACAAUGGACUUCAAUUUAGAAGUAUAAUCAUAUGGCAAAAUCUACAACACUUGGAUCAUAUACGACAGAAGCAAUUGUACAAUUUACUCUUGCAAAUGGAUAACUAUGGUAAACAUUCAAGCAGAACCAAAGAAAAUUUACCGACAACCAUCAAAUGUGACGGAAUUGUAUUUGAAGUUGUCAAACCCCUGUUACUCACUAUCAUCCCAUUCUUGGAGUUUGACCUUUACGAUCAGAAAAUAUAUCCAUAUUUGAAGGAAAUGUAUUGGUCAAGCGUCACAUUCCCACUUGUCAGUGAAUAUAACAACAACGUCAAUUUCAUACCCAAUUAUCAAUCAACAUUACUCAAUUUGAGAUCGAAAUUGAAUACAGUGUACAUGAGUCCCACCAUCAAAUCUUAUAUUUACUCAUUGAUUGUAUUUAUUAGAUGCCACCGGUUGGCAUCAUUGGCACCCAAACUGGUACGAGUGCCAACUUCCACAAUCCUAUACGUACAAGAUUUUUGUAAGUCAUUGGUGCUUUGGAGAAGACAGUUGCAGCUUAGUCGUACUAGUAUGAGCGACACAGUAGUGUCUCAUGACGAAAAUGAGUUACAAAAAACGGCCACCGCCGCAGUAGAUUUGGAGUUGGAAGAGGAAACAGAAUUGUUUGUGACACCAGAAUAUGUUAAAAUUGCAGUUAAAAAUAUCGGCUACUGGCUAGUUGAUUGGGAGACAAAUCGAAAGUUUGCAAACACGGAGGACCUCAAACGGGACCCAGAUAUUACAAGCAAAACCGAGACUGAAAAGGUAUUGGAUAACAAGAAGUUGGAGAUCUCAAUGCUUACUGGAGACUGGUAUGGUAGUGAAUAUUAUUGUGCCAAUGAGCUUCUCAAGGGAUACAAGGCCAUCAGAGACAGUGAUAGUCCCACGGGAAUGACAAACAGGAUAGUAGAUGAUGCUAUUGAAGAAGUGAGACCUCCAUUGUAA